GAGGUGGAGAGGGCAGCAGCAGUAUUCCUCAGUCCAGGAAGGACAGCUCCAUGCACUCCACAGCCUCAGGGUGAAGCAUGCGGGUCGCCAGCCGCUCCAUAUCAUCCAGGCUCAACAAGCGCAGCCUCCGCUCGUGAUCCUGUGAGAGAGGCAGAGGGAGAGACACAGAGUCACAACUACAUGCUGGUCUACACCUGCAGCGCAGCUGUGGCUGUUUAACACGAUUUGACGAGCAAGCAGAGUGACACACGGCAGCCUGGACCGAAGAAACUGCAUGGUUUGAAUCUGAUGAGAAACCAGAGCCGCGGGAUCCCUGAACUCCGUUCUUUCAACACCGUGAUACAUGAUGUGUAUUAAUACGUGUCUGUGUCAACUUCAAUUCAGAAGCCUGGAAUAAAACAUCGAUGGAUUUCUAUUCCUGGCAACUCUCAUGAUCAUCAGAAGUCUAAAUUCACUGCACAGACCCCAGAGCACGGGGAGGUAUUGAGCAGUGCUGUGUCUCUGGCAGGUGAGGAUGGGGACUCUACGGGAUCUUCAGUACGCACUCCAGGAGAAGAUUGAGGAGUUGAGGCAGCGUGAUGCUCUGAUUGAUGAGCUGGAGUUGGAGCUGGACCAGAAGGAUGAGCUGAUCCAGAAAUUGCAGACGGAGCUGGACAAGUACCGGGCAGUGGUGCAGCCAGCCGCGUCCCCGCCAGGCCAACCAGAGCUGCAGGAGCAGCAGAGGACCAAGCGCCAGGCCAUUUCAGCAGAGCCCACUGCGCUUGACAUUCAGGACAUCAGCCACGUGACACUCGCCUGCUACUCCAAGAGCGAACAGUCCCGGCUGCUGAUUAAAGGCGCGAUCCUGGAGAACGACUUCAUGAAGAACCUGGAGCUGUCUCAGAUCCUGGAGAUUGUGGAUUGCAUGUACCCGGUGGAGUACAGCAAGGGCAGCUGCAUCAUCAAGGAGGGCGAUGUCAGCUCGCUUGUGUACGUCAUGGAAGAGGGGAAGGUGGAGGUGACCAAGGAUGGGCUGAAGCUGUGCACAAUGGGGCCUGGCAAGGUGUUUGGAGAGCUGGCCAUUCUCUACAACUGCACGCGGACAGCCACAGUGAAAGCCCUGACUCACACCAAGCUGUGGGCGAUCGACCGGCAGUGCUUCCAGACCAUCAUGAUGAAGACUGGCCUCAUUAAGCAUGCAGAGCACAUGGAGUUCCUGCGGAGUGUCCCCUCACUUCAGGAGCUGCAGGAGGAUGUUCUGAGUAAACUGGCUGAUGUCUUGGAAGAGACUCAUUAUGACGAGGGAGAUUACAUCAUCAGGCAGGGAGCCAGUGGUGACACGUUCUUCAUCAUCAGCAAGGGGAAGGUGAGCGUCACACAGCAGAAACUGGCCAAUGAGGAGCCUGUGUUUCUCUGUACUCUGUCCCGGGGGGACUGGUUUGGAGAGCAGGCACUCAAGGGAGAGGACGUGAGAACAGCAAGCGUUGUUGCUGCAGAUGACGUGACGUGUCUGGUGAUCGACAGAGAGUCAUUCAAGCAGCUGAUUGGUGGUCUGGAAGAUGUCAACAGCCGAGUUUAUGAGAGCGCUGAGGCAAAAGCCAAGUUCGAGGCAGAAGCAGCUUUCUUCUCCAGCCUGGAUUUCUCUGAUUUCCAGAUUGUCAACACGCUCGGGGUCGGGGGCUUUGGACGAGUUGAACUGGUGCAGCUGAAGAGCGAUGAGUCCCAGACCUUCGCCAUGAAGAUCCUAAAGAAGCAGCACAUCCUGGACACCAGGCAGCAGGGCCACAUCCUGUCAGAGAAGCACAUCAUGCAGGAGACGCACUGCGGCUUCAUUGUCAGGCUGUACCGCACCUUUCGAGACAGGAAGUACCUUUACAUGCUGAUGGAGGCGUGUCUGGGGGGCGAGCUGUGGACCAUCCUGAGGGACAGGGGAUCGUUUGAUGACGCAACGACACGCUUCUACACGGCUUGUGUGGUUGAGGCGUUAUCCUACCUGCACUGUCGCAGUAUCAUCUACCGGGAUCUGAAACCAGAAAAUAUCAUCCUGGACCAAAGGGGCUGUGCCAAACUAGUUGACUUUGGCUUUGCAAAGAAGAUUGGUUAUGGAAAGAAAACGUGGACUUUCUGCGGCACUCCAGAGUACGUGGCCCCUGAAAUCAUCCUAAACAAGGGCCACGACAUCUCGGCGGAUUACUGGUCCCUGGGCAUCUUGAUGUACGAGCUGCUAAGCGGCAGUCCUCCUUUUUCAGAGUCGGACCCAAUGAAAACUUACAAUAUCAUCCUCCGCGGGAUCGACAUGGUGGAGUUUCCAAAGAAAAUCACAAAGAACGCAGCGAAUCUCAUCAAGAGACUGUGCAGGGAUAACCCCUCUGAGAGGCUGGGGAACCAGAAGAAUGGAGUCAAGGACAUCCAGAAACACAAGUGGUUUGAAGGGUUUAACUGGGAGGGGAUGAGAAAGGGCACGCUGACGCCCCCCAUCAUCCCGAGUGUCAGCAGCCCUCUUGAUACAAGCAAUUUCGACUGCUUCCCUGAGGACAGCGAGGACCCGCCCCCUGACGAGGACUCGGGCUGGGACGCAGAAUUUUGAUUGGCCAGUGCAAACCAACGCAGGAGAGUGGACAUAGUGCACACAAAGCAUGAAGCUGAAUUCUGAUUGGCCAGCAAGCACCCAGGAGACCAGUCAGUUCCUGACUUCUGAUUUGCUAGCAGGAAUCGGGCAGGGAUGUGGGUCACAGAAAGUAGGAUGCUGUCCGAUUGGCUAUCGGAAGAAUGUGGGAAACAAUCACUGAUAUAUAACCAUUAUUCAGAAGAAAAACAACUCGGGUGGUAGAUGCUUCUGCUCUAUUGCACUGAAAUUCUGGAAUGAGCUGCCCAGUACUGUAAGGGAAGCUCCCUCAAAUGAUCUGCCCAGUACUGUAAAGGAAGCUCCCUCAAAUGAUCUGUCCAGUACUGUAAAGGAAGCUCCCUCAAAUGAUCUGUCCAGUACUGUAAAGGAAGCUCCCUCAAAUGAUCUGUCCAGUACUGUAAAGGAAGCUCCCUCGAAUGAUCUGCCCAGUACUGUAAAGGAAACUCCCUCAAAUGAGCUGCCCAGUACUGUAAAGGAAGCUCCCUCAAAUGAUCUGUCCAGUACUGUAAAGGAAGCUCCCUCGAAUGAUCUGCCCAGUACUGUAAAGGAAACUCCCUCAAAUGAUCUGUCCAGUACUGUAAAGGAAACUCCCUCAAAUGAUCUACCCAGUACUGUAAAGGAAGCUCCCUCAAAUGAGCUGCCCAGUACUGUAAAGGAAGCUCCCUCAAAUGAGCUGCCCAGUACUGUAAAGGAAACUCCCUCAAAUGAGCUGCCCAGUACUGUAAAGGAAACUCCCUCGAAUGAUCUGUCCAGUACUGUAAGGAAAGCUCCCUCAAAUGAGCUGUCCAGUACUGUAAGGGAAGCUCCCUCCGUUGAUGUUUUUAAAUCUCGAUUAAAACCACAUUUUUAUACUGUGGUGUAUCCAGUUAUCUAAAAUGAUAUUCUCUCGUCUAUGGCAUAUUUUACUAUUUUUACUAUUGAGCAUUAUUUGAUUGUUUUAUUUAUUUUUAUGGGUAUUCUUGUUAUUAUUACAAUGAGGUCUUAUUUUUCAGUUUUCUAAUAAGAGAGAAAGACUUGAAGCCAGAACCUGUAAGGAAGAGAGUCUUCAAUUCAGUGCACAUUGCACCUUUGCUUUGAAUAUGAAAUGAAACUGUUAAUGUUACAAACUUCAAAGGUGUGCCUCAGUGUUUGCUACUAGUUUUGUGACCAUUAUUUUAAGCCAAUUUACUUUUACAUGAAUUAAAAUGUGUCCCAUGCUGUGAAUUAUAAUUAGCUUGUUUGUAAGCUGCUUGAAAUGUGGGGCACUGUGGUUUAAAGUAAAUAUAUUUUAAAGGUACAUGCAUUGAUACUGAUCUUUCAAACACUGUGUGUUCGAGUCUCGAUUGCUCUCUUGUGCCAUUUUAAACUAGUCUGGUGUUAAACAGGAUUGAUGUUUGAUGUGGAAUGUCUGUACAGGCGCACAUCAGUAAAAUCACUGGAGACCAUUGUGAUUACUUUGUGUAACUGUGAGCAUGGUGAGAUUGCAUUGCAAUUGCAGGAGUACUCUACCUGGCAAUGGUAAUAAAGGCUGUAUGAUCUGAUUAAAGCCUAGGAACGACACCUUUAACACAUUAGAUCGAUCGAAGCAGAAAAUAAAAGAACACAAUUACAGAUUUAAGCCAC